AUGCGAUGCAGCAGGGUUCCCCAGACUGUCCUGCGCAUCUUGCGCAAGCCCCUUUGCCAUGGCAUGACGGUCAUGCUGCCACCGGACUGUGCUCUGGACUUGAAGCGCAAUGAAUGGGAAGUGCUUGUCGGGGGCAACCUUUGUUCGUCGACUCACCCUCCCUUCCUGCAGGAAUGCCAGGCCAACCGACGGGUCGAGGGAGACGCUGUCCAACGGCACGGGCGUGAUGGACGCGAUUCACGCGAUGCCGUCCCCCUCACCCAUGGGCGAUCGAACUCCAUGCCUGCCCCCAUAGCGAGGUACUUUGGCGGGCUUCCAGCCGACCCUUGCGAGGAGCUCUUCAUCCUGCAGGCGGAAAACCUGCACCAGCAGCGGACGGCAGCACUUGACCAUCUCUCGCUCGCUCCGAGGGCCAAAGCCCCAGGACGAGAGGUCACCGCCAGGGCAGGUGCCUAG